UUGAUACCACUGGAUGGAGACAAAAAGCUUUGCCAAGUCAGACAGACGGAAAACCUUUCAAUAUUGUCACACAACGUGUCUGGCAUUAUAUCGAAGGAACUGCUGGCUGCGUUGAUACCACCCACCCACUCGUGCGUUUCAGGGCCUAGAAUCCGAGAUAGACAAAUGGACGGGUGAACACAGAAAGGGGGGAUAGGAAGAAAAAGAACGGGGCACAUUUUCCAUCACAGGAGGGGAUAGAUUGUUUGACUUGCUUCAUUGCUGAUUUAAAAAUCCUUGCCUGUGUAAUUCCAAUGUAUAAAGAAUGGGAGAUGAAAAGGAGGGAUGUAUUAUUCUAUAUUAUUGAGGCUUAGCUACAUUAUUUUGAAGAGGGGUUAAGAGAAAUAAAAUAGGGUGCUAGGUGGUGCAAAACGGUAGAGACCGUUAUACUUUCCGAUUGGGAAAUUCAAAAACGAGAACAGCAUAGGGAAAACGGGUUGUAAGAGAGAGGGAGGUGGUCAUUACAGCGUCAGGUCUCAGUCCCUCUUACACUUUAAGUCAUGGUGUUCACAGUCCUUAUUGUGGCGUUGUGUGCCACCCUCCAGCAUCUGGCUACAGGUUUGACCUUCACCCCAGAUGAACUUAGAGAGGAUGAAUUACAGGUAACCCCUGAAUCCCCACAGCACCAGUCCUCCCACUCCCCAACCUCUGUCCCACCAACCACUGUUGGAAGGAUACGAGCCACGCUGCUUAGUAAAGAAUACCUUGGGCGAGCCCCACUCUAUACUGGCACAACCACCAAUCCCACACAAGCUGCCCCUCCUGUCCACCAGUCAAAGCCCACAUCAAUCAUGAUGUCACCCGGAGUGCUCACCACAGUUGUGACUUCAUCAGCGGGAGCAACCCUGGUUGGACAGCCUGGAGCAGGACUGUCGGCAGGAGACUCUGCUCUUUUUGGAGUGACAUCAUCACCUCUAGAGGAGGAAACCACAACAACGCUGAUCACCACGACAACCAUAACCACAGUGCACACACCUGUGCUAUGCAAUGCCAGCCUCUCAGGAAUGGAGGGAAUAGUACAGUCACCAGACCUUGACUCCUCUUCCUCAUCCCUCUAUCAUCCUUUGGAAUGCAUUUACAGCAUCACUGUCUACACUGGCUAUGGAGUGGAGAUUCAGGUGAAGAAGGUGAAUCUCUCCAAAGAAGAAUCUCUGACCAUCCUCGGGCUAGGUGGGGUGGGUCCAGUGCUUCUUGCAAAUGAAACAUUGAUGAGUGAGGGUCAGGUGAUUCGCAGCUCGACCAAUCAGGUGCAGAUUCACUAUCGCAGCCUCCAGCCAACCUAUCACGGUGUCUUCAGCCUGUAUUACCAAGCCUUCCUCCUGUCCUGCACAUUCCCUCAUUCCCCUGAGGGAGGUGGUGUGACAGUGACUGACCUUCACCCCGGGGGCCAAGCCCAUUUUUACUGUGAGCACGGCUUCCAGAUCAGGGGUCACGAGUUGGCCACCUGCCUUAACUCCACCCAACCUCACUGGAGCUCUACCGCACCUCAGUGUGUUGCUGUGUCAUGCGGAGGAUGGAUCCGGAAUGCUACCGUGGGUCGAAUCCUCUCUCCUUCACCUCCUGGUGGAAACCAUAGCACCAGCAACAACCUUAGCUGCCAUUGGCUGAUAGAGGCCAGGGAGGGGCACAGGCUCCACCUCCAUUUUGAGAGAGUUGCCCUGGAUGAGGACAAUGAUAGGUUUAUAGUGCGGAGUGGGAACAGCUCUGUCUCUCCCCUGCAGUUUGACUCUGACUUGGAUGACAUCCCGGAGCGAGGGAUCCUGAGUGAGGGAUCGUCUCUCUACCUGGAACUGACAGCAGACUCCACUACCAUACCUCUACUGCUGGCUCUGCGAUAUGAAGCCUUUGAUGGGGAGCGCUGCUACGAGCCCUUCCUGCCCCAUGGGAACUUCAGCACCACCGAUGUCACCUUCUCCCUUGGGACUGUUGUGACCUUCUCUUGCUCCCCUGGAUUCAUCAUGGAGCAGGGUUCAGGGGUCAUUGAGUGCGUUGACCCCAGUGACCCCCACUGGAAUGAGACCGAGCCAACAUGUCGAGCUCUGUGUGGGGGGGAGCUGACCGAUCCCACGGGAACAGUGCUGUCUCCUGAAUGGCCCCAGAGCUACUCCAAAGGCCAAGACUGUGUCUGGCAGAUUCGCGUCAAAGAGGACAAGUGCAUUGAGCUUGACGUCCAGAUUCUGAAUAUCCGUCGUAGAGAUGUCUUAACCAUAUACGAUGGUCAUGAUGUCACCUCUCAUGUGAUUGGCCAGUAUCUUGGGUCACGGGAACGUUUCCAGCUUGAGUCAUGGGGCUCAGAGGUUACAAUUCAGUUCCAGAGUGACCCGGAUGAUUCCUCUUUCAUUCUCAGCCAAGGGUUCCUCAUUCAUUACCGUGAGGUGGAUCGCAACAACACAUGUCCUCCACUGCCUCCAAUUGAAUUUGGCUGGAAAAGCUCCUCUAGCCCCUCCCUCGGAAGGGGAAGUGUGAUGACCUAUCUGUGUCAGCCUGGGUAUGACAUAGUUGGCUCUGACAUCAUCACCUGCCAAUGGGAUCUCUCCUGGAGCAGUAGCCCUCCCACUUGUCAGAAAGUCCAGCAGUGUUCAGAUCCAGGGGAAAUGACAAACGGGGUACGCUCAGUGCGACCAGAGUCUGGGUUUCCCGUGGGCUCAGUGGUGCGUUACACCUGCAACCAGGGCUACCAGCUGGAGGGGCCCGGUCAGAUCUCCUGCCGUGCACGGGACAAAGCCAUCCCAAAGUGGAGUGACCACAGUCCCAAGUGUGUCUUGAAGUAUGACCCAUGUCCAAACCCAGGUGUGCCUGACAAUGGCUAUCAGACCCUUUACAAGCACAUCUACCAGGCAGGGGAGUCUCUUCGCUUCUUCUGUUAUGAGGGUUAUGAGCUAAUAGGGGAGGUCACCAUCACCUGCCUACCUGGACACCCGUCUCAAUGGAACAGCCCACCACCCUUCUGCAAAGUGGCAUAUGAGGAAUUAUUGGAUGAUCACAAGUUGGAAGUUUCCAGGACAACAGACCCCUCCAAACAAAUGGAAGGGGAGAAAAUUGCGCUGGCAAUCUUCCUGCCCAUAAUCCUGGUUAUUUUCCUGAUUGGAGGAAUAUACCUAUAUUACACUAAUGUGUGCAGACUCCAGUGGAAGUCUUUGUUUUGGAAGUCGCUGUCUCACACCCACUCCUACAGCCCCAUCACUGUGGAGUCAGACUUCAACAACCCUCUGUACGAGGCUGGGGACACACGAGAAUAUGAAGUGUCCAUCUGAAUGGGAUAAACCCUGAUAUAAUGAGGAGAAAGGAGAUGGAAAAAAGAAAGGGGGUGCUUUUUUUCUUCCUGUCAAAUACUAUGAUUCCCUUACCACCCCAGUCUCUCCAUCCUUUUCACUCUCUCUAUCUGAAUCUUUAUAUUUACCUGUAACACAGCUCUGUUUGUGUUUGUUUGUCUGUCUGUAUUUGUCCUUUUGUCAGUUUCUCUGUCUGGCCAUCUGUCUGAGGUCAGCCUUGGUUUUUUGUCUAUGUAUCUGUAACUUUGCUAGUCCAUUGGUCUGUGUGUGACUGCCUGUAGGAAAUGUUUUUGGUUUCAGAUAUUUUAUAUCUAUAGUUAGGACUCUGGUGCCUUAGAGAGAGCGAAAAGGAAGCAAAAGACAGAGACAGAGAAUGGGUGGAAAAAGAAGGAAGGGAGGCAAGAUCACAGAAAUGACCUGAAAGACAGAAUAAAAUAGAGAGACCAACAGACACAAACAGAGAAACAGACAUGCUCACAUGAACAUGAAUACACACACACUAGAACAAAUUGAAUGUAAAUAUUUUGAUUGAAUAUUAAAGCUUAUGUAUGUACUAAUCCAGUGCCAAAAGACAAAAUCCCAUAAUGUGAUGUCACUUCAUGCUGCACCCCUUUUGCCUUUGUAAUCCCUCCAUCAAAUUUAAAGGAAAGAAGAAAGGACAAUGGUGCAUUUUGUUCUUGGUAGUUUCUUUAUUAUAAUUCUGCUCUCUCACUUGGUCUAACAUCUGUUAUGAUAUCAAAACAGAGGGAGAGGAGCAGAAUGUCUUCAUAUUUAAAGCACGCAAUGAUUGUAUAUUUUAUUGCUUCUACCAUUAUAAUAAUUAUUCUUGAUCAAUACUUGAUUAUGGUUAACAAUGAUUAUUAUUGUUAUUAAUGCUGUUGAUGUUGUUGUGGA